AUGGAAUAUAAUAUACGUUCCAAUGAUGAUAGUAUAAAUGAAGUUAUUUUAUCUGAGUUGAAAAAUUUAGACGAUACUUUUUUUGCUAAUUAUUCAGAUUCUGAAGGCGAAGAAUCUAACUCUGUAUUAGACGAUGAAUCAAUAUCCGAUGAUGAUUUUCCUGAUAUUCCUUUAAAUAAAUUAAAUGAAUUCAAUUUUGUAGAUGUUCCAGACAAUUAUAUUGAAGAUAAAAUUUAUGAUGAUUUAAAAUUAAAAAUUAAAAAAUUUUUUGAUAAAGGUCAGUGCUCAUGUCGUUCUAAACAAUCCUGUUUUGAGAAAAUCGGUUAUAAAAAAUUUCUUGCGCGUCGAGCUGAAUUUGAAAGUUUAGAGAAAAAUAUGCGAGAUAUGGUUAUUAAGGGACAGCUUCUAGCUUUUCAAAGAAAUGAAAAUAUGGAUAAGGUUACUAACGAUGAUAGAAAAAAUUUACGUUUUAGCUAUUGUUAUAAUCAUGAUGUUCCACAUUUGCAAGAGCACGGCCUUGAAGAACGUAUACAUGGCAAUACCAGUAGAGCUCCAAAAAAUAUGAAUCAUAUUGAGGUUAAUUAUGAUUUGGCUUGUAAAGAUAAGUAUGGUAAGGAUGCUCGUAUUUUGGCUGAAUCAACCUUUACUAAUAUUUGGAAAUCAUUAAUGCCGUCACUUCAAUUUAUGUCCUCAAAAACUGAUUUAUGUGAAACGUGUGAAAUCAUGAAAAUGGAUAUUAGAUAUACUAUACAAUAUGAAAAAAAAUUAGAGCUUACUAAUAGUUACUUAGCUCACUUAAAUCGAGCACAAAAAGAACAUGACUACUAUAAUAUUAAUAUUAUAAAUGCAGUUGAAGAUGGCAAACACAAUCCAAAUGUAGUUGGCUCUCAAAUAUUAUUUAAAAGCUUUAGUGCAUUCAAAAAUUUACCUCAUAUUCAAAAGUACCAUCAUUUUUAUUUUACUUCGCAGCACCCUGGAAUCGUCUUUUUUAAAGAUGAUCUUCAAGAUAGUUAUGAAAGUUUUACAAUUCGUCCCUUUUCUUUUAAUGCCGAUACCCUACUCCCUACGAUUGAUGUCAAACCACUUUCUCAAAAGAGACAGGAAGAAUUAUAUAAAGAGAUCGCACCCUAUAUUGAUUUACCUUUCCGCAACAUUACUUGUCCUGAACCAAAAAUCCAGGAUAAAAA